GCGCGAGUGCGCGCGUUCGCUGGGUGUGGUUUUACUGGGAGUUCCGUUAGCAGGAAACGAGGCGAGUCGCAGAGCGCCUGUGAAGCACACGGUCACAAACCGGGGGCUUUCAAAGCGAAGGAAGGCAGUUGAGAAGAAAAUACAGCUGUACCGCAAAGGAGAGCCGAUCUGUCGCUCCAGCGGCUCUGGGCCCGUUCUGCUGCGCCACUUUCUUUCUUUCUGUCUCAUGGUGGGAAAAAGUUUUUGCUGAAGAUUCCGUCGUAGUAUCGCUCGGUUUGCAAGAAAGACUGAAAACAUGCCGAAAACUAUCAGUGUGCGAGUUACCACAAUGGAUGCAGAGCUGGAAUUUGCCAUCCAGCCCAACACAACAGGCAAACAGCUCUUUGACCAGGUGGUGAAAACGAUCGGACUUCGAGAGAUUUGGUUUUUUGGGCUGCAGUACCAGGACACCAAAGGCUUCUCCACUUGGCUCAAACUCAACAAAAAGGUGACGGCCCAGGAUGUACGCAAGGAGAGCCCCCUUCUCUUCAAGUUCCGAGCCAAGUUCUACCCCGAAGACGUGUCUGAAGAGCUGAUCCAGGAGGCCACGCAGAGGCUUUUUUUCCUGCAGGUGAAGGAGGGGAUCCUCAAUGAUGACAUCUACUGUCCCCCCGAGACUGCCGUGCUGCUGGCCUCCUACGCUGUGCAAGCCAAGUACGGGGACUACAACAAGGAAACCCACAUGCCUGGAUACCUGUCCAAUGAAAAGAUACUUCCCCAAAGAGUCUUGGAGCAGCACAAGUUCACCAAGGAGCAGUGGGAAGAGAGGAUCCAGGUGUGGCAUGAGGAGCACAAGGGGAUGCUCAGGGAGGAUUCCAUGAUGGAGUACUUGAAGAUUGCCCAAGACCUCGAGAUGUAUGGUGUGAAUUACUUCAGCAUCAAGAACAAGAAAGGCUCAGAACUGUGGCUGGGAGUGGAUGCUCUUGGACUCAACAUUUACAAGCAGGAGGACAAGAUGACGCCAACAAUUGGGUUCCCGUGGAGUGAGAUCCGAAACAUCUCCUUCAACGACAAGAAAUUUGUUAUCAAGCCAAUUGACAAGAAAGCACCGGACUUUGUGUUCUACGCUCCACGCCUCCGCAUCAACAAGCGCAUCCUUGCGCUGUGCAUGGGCAACCAUGAGCUGUACAUGCGGCGCCGCAAGCCGGACACCAUCGAAGUGCAGCAGAUGAAGGCCCAGGCCCGUGAGGAAAAGAACCACAAGAAAAUGGAGAGGGCACUGCUGGAGAAUGAGAAGAAGAAGCGCGAGAUGGCCGAGAAGGAGAAGGAGAAGAUUGAGAAGGAGAAAGAGGAGCUCAUGGAGAGGCUGCGGAACAUCGAGGAGCAGACGAAAAAAGCGCAGCAAGAACUUGAGGAGCAGACGAAGCGGGCCCUGGAGCUGGAGCAGGAGCGCAAGCGGGCCCAGGAGGAGGCAGAGCGGCUGGAGAAGGAGCGGCGAAUGGCAGAGGAGGCCAGGCUGGCUCUGCUGCAGCAGUCUGAGAACCAGAUGAAGAACCAGGAGCACCUGGCCACUGAACUGGCUGAGCUGACCUCCAAGAUCUCCCUCCUGGAGGAUGCCAAGAAGAAAAAGGAAGAGGAGGCCUUGGAGUGGCAGCAGAAGGCAACCACAGUUCAGGAGGACCUGGAGAAGACCAAGGACGAGCUGAAGAACAAGGUGCUGUCUGCUCACAUGCAGGAGCCGGUGCACGCCGAGAACGAGCAUGAUGAGAAUGACGAGAGCAGUGCCGAGGCCAGCGCCGAGCUCACGUCUGCUGCUGCCUACAAGGACCGCAGUGAGGAGGAGCGCAUGACCGAGGCGGAGAAGAACGAGCGUGUACAGAAGCACCUGCUGGCCCUCAGUUCAGAGCUGGCUAACGCCCGUGACGAAAGCAAGAAGACGCAGAACGACAUCAUCCACGCGGAGAACGUGCGAGCUGGUCGGGACAAGUACAAGACCUUGCGGCAGAUCCGGUCGGGGAACACCAAGCAGCGCAUUGACGAGUUUGAGUGCAUGUGAUGCUCGUGGGCCAGUGGCAUUGCUGGAACCACUACAGGGGAGCCGUCUUUGGCCUAUUCCACUUCACUGCAAACCUGCCUUAUUCGAGCUACUGUGCCUUCUCCAGAAACCGCUAAGGGUAGCAUGUUACAAACGAAAUGCAGCGUGAAUGUAAUUCUCGGAAUAGAAUAUAAUGGCAAAAGUACGGGGCAUUUUUCAGAUAUGACAUUAGCAAGGACACCUAUUCCAAUGAAGGCCCUUUUUUGUUUAUAGGUCUUCCGCCUUUUUUUUUUUUUUUUUUUUUUUCCUUUUCCUGAUUGUGUAUAUUUCUUAUAGAGAUCAAUAUCAGACCGACCCAGUAAACAUCAGACUCAAAUAUGGGUACUUGCAGAUUUCAGUUUCUUGCCAAGGUCAAGUAUUUGUAAGAAAAUAUGUGUCUACCAGUAUUAUGAACACUGUAUUCAGUACAGAUUAUUUGCCAUUACAGAAGUAUCUGUUAAAUUGUUUGUAUAGUUUUUUUUGUAGUUGUUCUACUAAUAAUUACAGAAGAAACAAAAUAGUCCUUAAAUUAUUUGAACAAUAUCAUACCAGUAGAUUCAUCCUGUUUUGCAGAAAAACUCAGGUGCCACUGAAAAUAGUUGAAAUCCAUUCUCAAAAGUGGCUUUCUUCCAGUAUUUUACUUUAAAUUUACUGUAGAAACGAGGCAACCCAAGCUAGCUUAUUUUUCAUUGUCAGCCAUUUCACUUCAUUAAGUAUGUCGUGCGCAUGAAAACGUUAGUGCUAUAACAAAAGAGCAGGUUUGUUGUUUUUUGGAUGGCCCUCCACUGUUAGUAAUUUCAGUAAAUGAGUAAAAGUAUCAAACUAUAAUACUUAGUUUUUGUUUUGUUUGGAAAUUUAAUUGUAAGCUUUUCAACACAAGUGGAUGGAUUUGUCUUCAAGGACAGCGUGCGUCUCCUCCUCCCCCUUUUAAAGUUUUUUCAAGUGAAUUAUUUACAGUUGUUUCUCAAGAGUCAGUGUUAGAAUGAGGGAAAAUGAAAAUAAAAAUUAAAAAAAAAAAAAAUCAAGUGCCAGGAAAACUUUUUCCUCCUUGUGACAUACAUAUUUUGUAGCGAUUCAUAUUUUCUCAUAUUCUAAGUAUAUCUACUACUAGUAGUUGUGCAUAGUAGAAGCUACUUAGAAGUUUCUUUAUGUAACUGAUACUUGCUAGAUCUGUCAUUCGAGGCAGUUUCAGACACCCUUUUUUAUAACAUGGGCCUCAAACUCAAA